AUGAAAACGACUGAUUAUUAAAAAUAUUUAAUUCUUCAGGAACUUUAUAGUGUUCAUUCUGAUAGAAUUAGUGAAUAAUUUAAGUAGAAAAAAUAACAAACUAGAACUUAGUCCUGUUUAUUUUCACAGGUUAACGAAGUAAAAUGUAUUAUUGAAGAAGAUACUUAUGCUUUCGUAUAAGUAUAUAUAAACAAAAAUAAUUAACUAGUUACGUAAGAUGUUAUUGAUAAUUUUGAGUACGUCUCCAUAAUUAAUAUCAUCAGGUUAAUAUGGAUGUGAUCACUAAUCAAGGUUAGAGAAGUAAAAGUGUAUAAUAUCUUUUAAGGAGCAAAGACAACUAAUUAUAUUUCUACUUAAAUGAUUCCCAUCAUGAAUAUUCCAUAGAAUUGAGCAUCAAAAGCAAUUUAGUCCCUAUAAUAUUAUAGAAAUUAAAGGAAGAUUAUAGUGGAAUCGAUCUAAUUCAUUUAGGAUAUAUUCCUUACCCAAUUGAAGAUUGUGAUCCAGAUGCCCUAUUAUAAAAAGUAUUAUAAGAGAUUCAAGAACAAUAGUAAGUCUUAAAAAUACUUAAUAAGGAUAAGAAAAUAUUCUUUACGCUUUACAAAGACGAUUUAUGA